AUGACUGGACCAUGCGGAGCCAGCAGGCUGAUCGAUGGGGUCGCAGCAACGAGCGGCCCUCCAAAUAAGAGGGAGGACAGUGCCGUCGGCUCGGUCCAGCAGCAGGCGAGGACCACGGUGGUGAGUACGUCAGGAAGGACGCAUUUCGCCGACGAGGGCAGGGAGAACGUGACCGUCCUCGUUGGCCAGCCGGCCGUUUUGCACUGCAAGGUUAGGAACCUCGGCAACAGAACGGUCUCCUGGAUAAGAAAGAGGGAUUUGCAUAUCUUGACGUCUAUGGCCCACACGUACACGAGCGACGCGAGGUUCACCGUUAUCUACAACGCCGAAGCCCCGGACGAUUGGAAUCUAAGAAUAGAUUUGGUGCAGCCAAGGGACGAGGGUAUCUACGAGUGCCAAGUCAACACCGAGCCGAAAAUACACCUGGCGCACAAUCUUCGGGUUCUAGACGUGAAAGUGGAGAUCUUGGGCCAAGAGGAGGUGCACGUGAUGAAGGGCAGCACGAUCAGCUUGACCUGCACGGUCAACUCGCAGGGCGUGCCGCCGAGCAACGUGACUUGGUACCACGCCGGCACGGUCAUCGACUUUGACGGCCCAAGGGGUGGCGUAUCACUCGAGACGGAAAAGUCCAAAGGCGGCACCGUGAGCAAGCUCAUGAUAACCCGAGCGUCCCUCGGCGACAGCGGCAACUACAGCUGCGUAUCGAGCAAGGCUGCCCGCGCUACCGCCUACGUCCACGUGCUCAACGGGGAACAACCGGCAGCCAUGCAACACGGUGACGCAGGCACGACCGCGAGCCUGGGACUCUUACGGUCGAGCGGCCUCUCGAUACUUCUGCUGACGCUUCUUCAGCUAUUGCUCAGAUGAAGGGGCCACAAUGACUGUCGCCGCUAUAAACACACGGAUUUAUGCCCAUAGGUACUUAAUAGGGUUACGCAUCAAGACGACGA